UAACUGUGCUAGCGGGAGGCUAAUGUGAGGUAUUCUAGCACAGCCUAACUUAACGAGGAGUAUUUUUAGUGUGUGUGGGUAAUUAGUUAGUGCAGCCCGGGCCUGGAGGUGGGCUUUGUCCUGCCCAGAUUUACGGAAGCGUUGCUAAUCUUAUUAAGAGCAGCCAUGACAGAUGCACUGAUUCAGUCGUAUGCUACCUGCGAGAGCGCCGAUCAAAGUAUCGCUGGCCAUUCAUGUUGUUGGACUACUGCUGUCGGUGCUGUGGGACCACACUGAUCAAACGCCAUGGCCAACAACUGCCCCUCAACAGCAAGCCCAAUGACACCUGGGCUGUUCUUCAGAACCUGUUGAUGUGUAUGCUGUGCUUCUACUCUCUCUACUAUAUUGUGGUCAAUCUCUGCAUCGGCAUUCUCAGGGUGGAGGAGGUGGACAGCUUGUUAGCGCCUUUUGACUACACCACUCAACCAUCAUGGCAAAGUCCCAAAUAUUUAGUGAGUGUGAUCUCCACAGAGGUGACGUAUGUUCUGGGCGGUCUGAUAUUCGCGUGGAUCGUGGAGGAGUGGGUGUGGGACUACGCCAUCACUGUCACACUGCUGCACGUCGCUCUGACCGUAGCAGUUAUGGCUGAUUUUCCCUCGACAGAGCACUGGUGGAUUGCUCUCGGCUCUGGGUUGUUGAUGAUGAUUUUUGGCGGGCAGCUCCUGGCUUACAGACUCUUCAGAAGUAAUUCUGUGCAUCCUGCAGACCUUCAGAAUUUCUGACACGCUGUGGAACACGUACAGGGAUGAAUUUUCUCAGCUUUAUAUUUCUUUUUUACAUCAUAGGUAGUUUGAAAUGGUUUUGUUAUUCCUAAACAAUAUUUUGUUGUGAAACUCUCUGCUCAUGCUGAUAAAAUAAUUCCAGUAAAUCAUGUUAUUUUGCUGACCUUUUGU